CCUGAGUGGUUCAAAGAAGCUACUGUGAUAUUUUAUCUAUGACUUAAAUAUUUCUGCGCAUAAAACUUUUGGUAUCGAAGCUCACAGAGCAACGCCCGGACACGAAGCGAUGAGCUGUAGCCCAAUUUCCUUACUUUUGUGGUUUGUCACCCACUGAAUUUGUUUGAGGUUUCUUGCUGUUGUUUUCUGUAGUUCGCUGUAAUUCUGCAAUACCUCGUGUAUCUGCGUUAUGGAGAACUCGCUCUGCACUCGGCGUUUUUCCAGGCCCCAAAAAAUGCCUCCCGUAAAUGAUUGAAAGGUGCCUGGUCGCUUUGUAUUGAUGGAUACAGCUGCAUUCAAGUAUUUUACUGCUUUGGGCUCUGCUGAGCAACUUCGCCUCUAAAAAUGCAUCUUCUCCUUCUUUUGAAUAAAUUCUGAUUUUUAACAGAGGAGAAAACAGCGCGGGCUCAUUAGUUUAUUUUUUCUUUGUUUAUUUAACGUCAAGCCCCAAAAUCAGCUUGUUGCUUCUUAAUUGACUAGAUUUCAAAAAGCACAAAUGGUGAAAUGCGGAGGAAUAGCUCCGGGAAGCAAACGCUGCAUGAGUUCUCGUUUUUCUCUCCCCAGCGGUGAUCCAGAGCGCUCCAGAGCUGGAAGAGCGGUGGCUUUGUCGCCCUGAGACAGCGGGGAACUUCACGGCGCUGCCGCCGGCGUGACGGCGACGGAGGACCGACCCCGCGGGAAAAGCUGCGGCCGGCACCUUCGUCCGGGCCGCCCAGGCCUCUGGUGACACCGAACCGGUCCCCGGCUCCGCCAGCGUCCCCGGCCCCCCGCACCGCCAUGGCACGGCAGUGGCUCCAUCUCUACCUCUGCCUCCAGGUCCCAGGUUUCUGUACAAGUCUACUUCUGUCUCAGACUCCAGGACAAAUUUUAGCCCAAACUAACAACAAAACAGAAAUCACCUGUCACAUAAAAAAAGAUCAGUCUGGGGUGUACUGGUACCGAUGGAACCAGGAGAGGCAACUUUUCCAGUUCUUGGUGUUUGCAAACCCGCUGGGCAACAGCGCGUACGGCACAGGCGUCAGCAGGGAGAAGUUUAGUGUCCACGGGGGAAGUUCUCAGAACUCCUACAAUCUGCAGAUCCGCAGCCUCCAGGCUUCAGACAACGGCACGUACUACUGCACCAUCUCCCAGUUCGCGGAGCUCGUUUUCGGCAGCGGGACGAGGCUCAGCGUGGUUGAUGUUUUGCCUCUGCCUCCGAAGCCCACUCGAGCACCACCCUCCAAAAAGCCCACACGGUCCAUCACCAAAAGCAAACCCGCCGACAAGAGAGAUUCCUGCAGCCCCUUCGUCUGGGCCCCGCUGGCCGCGUGUGCCCUCAUCCUGCUGCUCUGCCUGGCUGCCGCCGGCCAUCGCUUUCACCGGCUGCGGAGGAGGCUGCGGCUUCGCGUCCACAAGCAGUAAGUCCUUCCGGCUCCUCCUGCCACCUCGCACCGGCUGGGGACAAGGGAAACCAUGGCCCCUCUUGCGCACGGCGCUGAGCCCUCCCUGGACCUGACCCAAAAGCCCUCUGCUCACUGUAGAGCACAUAGCCAACCUCCCCCAAACCAAAGCACGCGACUGGCGAGGUGAGGAUGGGGCAGAGGUCCUCUGGGGACCCUGCCCGCCUUCCCCGGGGUGCUGCCUGCAGCCCAGGAAGGACGUGGUGGACACCGGCCAUGGACGUGCCGCGCGAGACACAGAUCUGCUCCUCGUGAUGGACCACUUUAUUUAACAUUUUCCUUCACACAGCAGCUAACAACCAGACUGGGCCAGCUCCUGCAAAAUGCUGAGCCUCUCUCAAACCUGCUGAGGGCUUUCUGCCCCCAGGGCCACCUGCCUGAGAAGGACCAAACCCUUCAGCGGGCUCUGCCCCGCGCGGGACCAGGCUGCGCGUGUGCUCCGUGCGCUGCCGCACACAACAUCAUGGAAAAAAGGGAUUCAGUACCGUGGGCUGGGAAGGUAUUCUGAGGGCUUCGUGGUCUGUGCUCACCUUAUAAAAUAGCAUGUAGGCGCUUUUAUUUUUCUCCUGCGAAAGCCGGUUGAUAGGACUUUGCUAACCAACCCGCCAAUCGCUGCAGCAGCCUGCGGACAGCACCGGCAGGUCACUGCGUAGCUGGUAGAGGCAUAUUUCUUAGAAAGGGCAAAUAAAUCGUUUAGCAGUGUGGUUGUGCAGGCUGGUCCCCUGUGGCACGGUGCCGAGCGCGGGCACUGCUGGGUGGUCACCCAGGGGCCGAGAGCAGCAUCUGCUCCUGCGCCCUGGGACGGGACGUCGGCUGUGUCUCCUCCCCGGCAAGGGUGAAGCGGGAGCAAAACCUCCAGGUGGCCCCGGGUCUGAGCAGCCCGUUCCCAGUUCCCACGGGAGGAUGCCCGGAGUGGGAGAGGGAGCCCAGACAAGGCGAUAUGCCCAAGGCCAAGCUCCAGGCAGCGCCGGGAAGGGCACCACAAGCUCCGAUAGCAAACGAAGCCGGCCGGGGGCUGGUGCUGAGCCAAGCGGCGCGGCUGGCUUCCCCCCUCCCAGCUAAAGCAUUCCUCCCUCCAGCCAGCCGGGCUGGAUCCGUGCAAACGGCCUUGCCCGGAGGUGGGCAAGUCCCGAGCAACACGGGGCACCACCCCCAGGCUCAGCCCUGGGGACGAGGAUGGAGCAGGGGGUCCCCUGGGCCUGGUCGUGCUCUGGGGGGGCCGAGACCAGUCUCCCACACGGGACCUCUGAUUUGGGAUGCCCAGCAUGCCGACAGCUUUCCCGGCACUCUAUAAAACCUUUUUUUCCCCCCAAAUACGCCUCAUAAUCUAAUAUAUAGGCUGUUCGAGCUGGGUCUUUCCGUGGGUAACACCUCCUCCAUGUGCUUAGAUUUUCCCGGAGCAGCACAAGGGGGGCCAAAUACGUGACUUUUGGGGUUUCCAGGCUCCGCGAGCCGACUGCAGCAAGUGUCCCCCUCCGGCACGGAGGGCACCCACGCCUCUGCCCCUGGGGGGGGGGCAUGAGGAGCAAUCCCACCCCCGGCCCCCCUGUCGCCGCAAGGAAAGCCGUGGCCGUUGCAGCACGGGGAGCCCCGUUCUCGGGCCGAGUACGGCCGAGGUCUAGGUACUUCCCUAAAAGGGAAAGCCCUCUCCACCUUGCCACCCCGGGUGACUUCUGCGAAAACAAGAAAACCACCUCUUUUUCCCCGAAGCGCCUGGUGGGCUCAUCUCGUGCAAGUCGUGGUGACCUCAAAGAGAAAAACCACCGCGGAGCAGCAGUGCUGCCGGCGGACGGUGCCCGCUUCGCCUCUCAGCCCCGGGGCAAUGGCGGAAAACGUGCUCCUGGAGGCAACCUCGAACAGGAGCCGACGGGCUGGAGACCCCCUCGCCGCGCACAUCUGGAGACCUCUGCUCUGGGCGAUGCUCCUGCUCGUACAGGCUCUCCAGCCCCGCGCGGGGACCCAUUUCGGUGACACGAGCCCCGGCGAGAGGGGUUGAGUGGU